UAUUUUUCCAAAUGUUAAGUCAUGUGUUUGUUUGUUUAUGUUUUUUCAAAAUGAAAAUUUCAUUUGAAUCGUUUUCAACAAUUUAAUUGUUGUGGUUCAAUCACUGAUUGUUUAUCCCUUUUAAUUGUGACAAUUUAAUCUUCAAAUAUGAGUAACAGACCUGGAUUGUUUUCUAUUAUUUGGCAACAAUUAACGAAAAUUAUUAAAUAUCAACCUACCAAAGAAAAGAUUGUCGGUAAAGAUAUUUAUGGAAAUAUAUUCUAUGAGAAUGAUAAAGUUAAUUUCAGAGGACAAUUGUCUAGAUAUCAUUGUCCUCCAGGAAAUUCUGAUAUUCUGAAUAAAAUAUCACCUGAAUGGGAUGCAUGGUUAAGAUACAGAAGAAAAGAUCCUCCAAGUGAAGCUGAAGUUCUGAAAAAUUUGAAAAUUAGUGAGAUGAAGAAAAUGAAUGCCGAUAAUAAGCAAAAGGAACAAUUGAAUAAAAAAUAUUCUUUCAUGGGGAAAAGUUCUGGAGAAAAUAUCGUUACCAAUGAAUUUAAUGAGAGUUUCCCUAAACAUAAAGGUAUGGAAACUGUUCCAGGAGCGGAGAAAAAGUAAUUUGAUUGUAAAUCGAAAUUUUUAAUUCUUGUUCAGACAAAAAUUAAUGUAAAUAAAAGUUCAAUUAAAUAGUUUAA